GCCCCACGAUAGGCCUUUCCACCUUGGGUCUCCAGGACUUGGGCGAGAAGCUCGGCCAGACCUGUGCUUGUGCGUGUGGCAGGAGGAGCAAUUCCACUUUCACCUGCUGAGCUUCCAGCAAGCGCUGGGUCACUGUCCUCAGCCGUCCCAAAGUCAGGAGUCCGUAGAGCAGCUGGCGGUGCAGGGGCGAGGGAGCGGCAGUGGGUGGAACCAGCCAUGGGAGACUCUGCGCCCUGGCAUUGCUGUACCUGACGGAGUCCCCCGACAUUUGGCUUCUCAGUGUGGUGCUACUGUUGACUCAGAACAGGGGAAGCAAGAGGCCUAGAGCCAGGAGGAAGAAGAGGGAGAGAAACCCAGAAUGUCUGGGUAGAGUGAAGAUCGUGAGAAGUGAAAGAAAAAGGAGCUGAUGAACCUAGAGCAAAGGCUGUGCUCGGGACCUCACAGAGAUCAAGUCCAGAAAAGGGGGGAGGCAGAUGGGAUCCGUGGACAAGCUAUGAGCGUCACACGGCAGUCCGAAUAUCCACUUUUGUGCUUAUGUUAAUAAAUGAACAGGGUACUCAGGGGGCCUUCUCCUGAGCUCUUCCUCCAUGGCCACAAGCAGUGGCCAGUGGUCGUGUUAUUUUUUGAAUCUAAAAUAAAAAUUAUUGUCCUUAGUGCACCCAAGACUUCUUUAGACACAACAGGCCAGACCACUGCCGAUCUGUUAAGCACUUACUCGGAUGAUGAAUACAUUAAAAAAAUCCAAAAGCGCCUCAAAGAAGAUGCUUUUGCACGAGAGCAAAGGGAGAAAAGACGACGGAGACUGUUGAUGGACCAGUUGAUAGCCCAUGAGGCACAAGAGACUCCUAUGAGCAUCACUUUUUCAAGGCUGUAGCAGGAGAUGUGUUCAGGAAUCCAGCAACCUCAGAGACAUUAAAGAAAGUUGGUGCUCUGGCCAUUUCCAUCUUGGGAGCUCCAUCUCUCUGCUGUUUUUCCUCUGUGUUUGGGAAAGUCUUUAUUCCUAGAACCAGCUUGGGGCAUGGAGCAAGGGGACUCCUUUCCCGCCGUCCCCUUUCCGUUGAAUGUGGUGGCCUCAGUCUCCCUGUGCAGCUGCCCCGGGCGGGUGCCCCACAGCGGUGGAGGGGAAGUUCCCACGCGCAACAUGGCCUGUUUGCCCUUCCGUCCUCGCCAAAGAGAAGAUGCUAUUUGUCAAGGUGAGGAUUCCCUCCGCUUCUGCACUGCCUCUGUCAUAAAUAAAUGUCUCGCAGUGUCUUCUCCAGUGCUCAAGUUGCUGCGGUUUCCCCCAGAGUUUAUGUGCCUUUGUUUUAUAUGAGCUUUUGACCAGAGAGCCAGAGAUCUGUGCUCAAGUCAGUAUCUUGCCUAGUGAUUUGUAAAGAAAUGUAAUGAUGUGAAUGAGAUGAUGAGAUUUAAGGCUAGAAAGAUCACUUUGACUUUUUCAAAGCAUGUGUUU